AUGGUGGAGAUCGAGAGGGACCUGGAGCGCACCUUUCCCAACCACGAGGUGUUCCGGAGGUCGGCCGGGCGCGGGCGGCUGCGGAACGUGCUGCGCGCCUUCGCGGUCCACUACCCCCGCGUGCAGUACUGCCAGGGGCUCAACUACAUCGCGGCCAUGAUGCUGGUGGUGUUCCCCGAGGAGGAGCAGGCGUUCUGGGCCCUCGUGAGCGCGGUGGAGCGCCUAGGGGUCGAGCACUACUACACCGACGGCAUGCGGCUGCUGCGAGCGGACAUCGACGUUUUCGAGAUCGUACUCGCCAAGAAAUGUCCGAAGGUCCGACUCGAGGGAGGAGGGGGAGCUGGCCACGAGCAGACGGGCUCGGCGCUGCAGGAGGGCAGCCCUCUGUGA